AUGUUGACAUAUUUACUACAAGCAAAAGCUGAACUUCAUAAUAUUGCUCAAGUUAAACCAGUGGAUACUGAAGAGUAUUCGCAUGAUUAUAAAUUCAAAUUUCAGUGUAAUGGUUGCAAAAAGGUUCAUCCAAAACCGAUAAUCAUAAAUCUAGAGAAUGAAUUUGAAGUAACAGGUUUUAGAAGAAAAGCUAAUUUAUUAAUCAAAUGUAAAGAAUGUAAAAGAGAAAGAUAUGCUAUUUUAACUCAAUUAAAUAAUGGUGGGAUUCUUGGCAAUGGUCAAUAUAAUGACGUGAUCAAAAUAACUACUCAUGGAAUGAGAUUAUUAGAUUUUAUACCAGAUGAUCAAUUUGAAUGUGAGACUAAUAACGGUAAAAUUAUUCAAGAAAUUGGUCUAUUAGAUGGUGAAUGGAUGGGAGAAACAGAUAAUGGUGAAAUAAUACAAGUUUCGAAUGUUGAUUGGAAUAUAAAAAUGAUAAAAGAAAGGGAUUUUGCUAGAAGCGUUUGA